AUGGCGACCGACACCGACGACGACGAGGCCAUCCGGCCUCUGCUCUGGAGCUUCAGCGGGUUCCGCGAGACGCACAGGCCGGCGCCCCUCAGGCGACACCUCACCGAGUCCCGCACCAGCCUCAAGGACGUCCUGGGGUCGCGGGCGAAGCAUUACGUCGUCCUCGCGCUGGUGUCGCUCGACGUCGCGACGCUGCUGGCCAACAUCUUCGUGGAGCUCGUCGCGUGCGACAUGAAGCGCGAGGACGAGCCCUGGGUGCGGACCACGCGGCAGGGCCUGACGACCGCCGGACUGGUCUUCAGCUGCCUGUUCAUGGCCGAGCUGAUUCUCUGCGUCGUCGCGUUUGGUCUGCGAUAUUUCUCCGACUGGUUUCACCUCCUUGACGGUACCGUCAUCGUGGCUUCUUUCAUUAUUGACGUCCUGUCACACGGCAUCGUCGAGGAGAUCGCAUCGCUUGUCAUCGUAUUCCGUUUGUUCAGGUUCGUCAAGGUGGUGGAGGAGAUGAGCAUGGGAGCGGCGGAGAGGAUGGAAGGCCUCGAGACGCAGCUGGAGGCUCUGAGGCGAGAGAACGGGGAGAUGAAGAGGCAACUCGCACGGCGGUAG